AUGGAAAACGGCGACUCUGGCAUAGUUUGUUUCGGAACAAUACCAUCUAUAAAAGCUAGGUGUGAGCGACCACGGGCUCUCACCAGCAACUUUGCAGUUACUCUGGAGUCGUGUGACAAAUUUCGCUCCAAAGAAGGCACACAGUUGUGUGGAGUUAUAUUACCCCAAUAUGGCCAAAUGAUCCAGGGCCUACUGGAUGAUUCAACUCUACUUUUGUACUCGUCUUGUAGUGUUGAUGACGAUGGACCGGUUCGGUCCAAUGCAAAGUCGUAUUCGCAAUCGACGUGCACUUUAGAAAUUACGGUGUAUGGUCCGACCGACCUGUUCGAUGAAAUCGGCGAAUGGUUCCAAGAAUAUAACAUCUACUUGCAAGAUCCUCGAUCCUGUGACAUGGAUGUGAAGUACUGGAAUCCGCAAAGAUUAUCAUCAAUCGAUUUCAAACUAUGUCCCUACGUAUCUCAAGUUGUACUCCUAGGAUCAAGCCCGGCAAAGUUUCAAGAGAUUGAUGAAGAACCUGACCUCCUUGAUAUCAUCAGCGGUCAAGACGAUCUGGAAGAAGCUGAACCACCUGCUCUGAUCCGCGCGACACUACAUAAACAUCAAAAGCAGGCGCUCACAUUUAUGCUGCUACGAGAAAAGGGAUGGGCUCUGGAGUCAAAAGGUGCAGAUAUCUGGGAAGCAUUUGAUUCCAGUCACGAGAGACUGCAUUUCAAUCGCGUCACGGACAUACAUCAAGUCGAAGCACCGCCACAAUUCUACGGUGGCAUUAUUGCGGAUCCUAUGGGUCUGGGCAAGACAUUGACCAUGAUAGCCUUGAUCGCAGCCGACCUGGAGCCGGGCCGUACAAUGAUUACUGAGAACGAUUUGUGGGACGACCCAGAGAACCCAAAGCCCUCAGUAUCGGCCACACUAGUAAUUGUACCUCAGCAACUCAUGAGUCCAUGGGAAGAACAGGUCCAAGAGCAUGUUGAACAAGGCAGCAUCAAAUUUCGUCGCCAUCAUGGAAAGGACAAGCUUAAUGACAUUGGCGAUUUAGAUGGAAUAACUAUAGUGUUUACCACUUAUCAAACUAUUGCCGCAGAUUGGAUCAAAUGGAAAGCCUCAAAAAGUCAUGUUAUGUUUUCAGUCCGAUGGAAGAGAAUCAUUCUAGAUGAAGCCCAUGUAAUCCGCAACAUGAAGACACGGAUGGCUCGUGCUAUCUGCCAGCUGGAAUCGAAUUCACGAUGGGCCGUGACCGGUACUCCGAUCCAGAACCACUUGAGCGAUCUCACUGCCUUGCUCAAAUUCAUCCGCGCUUACCCAUACGAUGAUCCGAAACGUUUUGACACCGAUAUAUCUCGACUGUGGAAAUCUGGCGAGGAUGAACAAGCCGUGAAAAGGUUGAAGCGCUUAGCACGUUGUCUCAUACUACGAAGAGCCAAGAAGACCAUUGAUCUGCCAUCCCGACGAGAUGUAAGGUGCCCGGUUGAGUUCAACAAAGCCGAAAGAAUAUUGUACGACAAUAUCCGCCAGCAAACAAUCACAAGGAUCGAUGAUGCGCUGUUCCAAGAUACGGGGCUCUCGAAGCCGGGCGCUUACGUCAAUUUUCUUCAACAGAUCGAGUCAAUGCGACUGAUUUGCAAUCUGGGCCUGCACUAUAAGACUCGUCAUGAGAAAGUGCCAACACAGGAUAUAAAGGAUUGGGCAGCGAUGGCUCAAGAAGCUUUCAAUAUCAAGCGUGAGAUGGAGCCAAUUAUCUGCUCACAAUGCUCGUCAACUUUAGAAUUCACGGAAACUUCUGUGGAUGACACCCUGCAACAGGACAGUCCUCAAUUCUCUCGAUGCUUAAAAUAUGCAUGUGCCGAAUGCUCUUCGAGACUUCGUGUUCACGAGCAGAAAAUGGUCUGUGGUCACACACCCGCUUGCCCGAUUGCACCUGUGUCUGUCAGCAACAGCUCCUUCGAGGAGGUCUUCGGAGAGGUCUCAAAGCUACCACAACUUAAUCCUCAGGAAAUGCCUUCCAAAAUCGAAGUACUGAUCUCCGAUCUCAAAGGCCUACCCGGCGAUGUGAAAAGUAUUGUGUUCUCAACUUGGAGAUUGACGCUCGAUAUCAUCGAAACUGGUUUGAAACAAGCAGGCAUUCGUUGCGUCCGCUACGACGGAAAAACGCCCCAGGCUCAGAGACAACCUGUAUUGAACGAGUUCAAAACUGAUCCUAGUGUCCGUGUCAUACUAUUGACGAUUCAAUGCGGCGCUGUUGGGCUCACACUCACGGAGGCCUCUCGUGCCUACCUUAUGGAACCACAUUGGAAUCCAACGAUAGAAGAACAAGCAUUAGCCCGCAUUCAUCGAAUUGGGCAGACACGCGAAGUCACCACUGUUCGAUUCUAUAUUCGAGAAUCAUUCGAGGAAAGAGUCAUGGAAACGCAAGAAUUUAAGAAGAAUCUUGCGAGUGUGUUGUUCUCCGGAUUGGAUGGCGGACAGGCUGAUAAUAGUCUUGGAGCACUUCAGCGCCUGAGAUCUUUACUUUGA